UAGAAGAGUUCCCAAAAUUCAUAAAAUCAAAAAUCUUUGAGAUUAUCAUUAAAAUGACUGAGUGAAUGGUGAAGAAUGAGAGGUGAAAUAUGCUUCACAAAGACCAAGAUAAGAACAAUGUGACAGGAAGUGCACUUUGAAUCUGUGACAACCAAUCACAUGCAUUUCUCAGUGUGACAUUCAGUGUCGUGGCCACGUCACAUCACCUCCUUUACUCAGUGAAAUACCAGAAAGGUUCCUAACAAGAGACAAUGUCAGGAUGAUCGUGUUAUGGGUAACACUGCUUGUUCUUCAUCAAGGAUAUACGCUGGUUCCAGUGAUCACAGUUCAACUUGGUGAACCUGCAAACUUGACAUGUGCUUUCCCUAAUGAUGUGUUCAGCUUUAAACAACUCUACUGGUACAAGCAGAGUGCUGGUGACACUCUGAAAUUAAUUGUCAUACUGCAUCAAAAUGCACCACCUGAGUAUGGAUCAGAGUUUCCCCGCUCAAAAUUGGACAUAAAUACCAAUAAGAAUUUUAGUAACCUGACCAUUUUGAGGACAACCCAAGAAGACGAGGGAAUGUACCAUUGUGCAAUCGCGGAGUGGAUUAUUCCUGUAUGGAGAGGAACAUAUUUGUUAGUAAAAGGAAACACUGAAAGGACAUCAAACUAUACUGUUGUUCGGUGGCCGACAGUAUCUGAUCCAGUCCCUCCAGGAGACUCUGUGACUCUCCAGUGUUCAGUCCUCUCUGAAUACAAGAACAAGACGUGUCCAGGAGGAUACAGUGUUUACUGGUUCAGAGCCGGAUCAGAUGCAUCUCACCCAGACUUCAUCUACACUGAUGGAAGUAGCCGUGAUGAAUGUAGAAAGAAAACUGGCAUUCACUCGUCUCCAAAGAGCUGUGUCUAUCGCUUCUCUAAAAACAUCAGCUCCUCUGAUGAUGGGACUUAUUACUGUGCUGUGGCCACAUGUGGAGAGAUAUUAUUUGGAGAUGGAACUAAACUCGAACUUGUGCAAACAACACAUUCACUAUUUAUUGGAAUAGUGAUAUUAAUAGUCUGUUUGGCCAUUUCUGUUGUUGCAAAUGUCGUCUUCAUCUGCAACCGAAGUCUGAGAGUACGUGAACAAUAUAAAGGAAUGGAAAGCACUAUUUCAGAAGCUCGACAUGACAACUUGCGUCAACCAGUACAUGAUAUUACUGAAGUUGAUGACAGAAUGAACUACGCUGCACUGAAUUUCUCAGAAAGAAAAGCAACAAGAGGAAGAAAGAAGAAAGAGUUUUCAGAGGAUUGUGUGUACUCUCAAGUUAAAUGAUGAUACUGUUGAUAAUAUUGAGCACUUGCAUCUGUUUGUGAUUAUUUUGUUGUAUUUUUUUUUCAUCUUGGCUAAAUAUUAAAUAUUAACCUUUACUCAAAAAAAUCACUUUAUUGUUGACACAAUUAGGGCUAUCAUAGUCUAUAACACAGUAUUGUUGCCUUUCUUACAUAUCAUCUUUAUCAUCUUUAUCAUAUCAAUGUUAUCUUUGGUCUUUA